UUAAUAUUGCGACAACGUACAGCGAUUUGGGUUCGGUUUACGAUGAUAUGGGAGAAUACGAAAAAGCAAAAGAGUUUUAUGAACGAGCGAUGAAAAUUAAAGCAAAAGCAUUUGGAACUGACCAUGUUAAUAUUGCGUCAACGUACAACAAUCUGGGUUUGGUUUUCAUUAAUAUGGGAGAGUACGAAAAAGCAAAAGAUUUUUAUGAACGAGCAACAGAAAUUGAAACGAAAACAUAUGGACCUGAACAUGUUAAUAUUGCGACAGCGUACGACAAUCUGGGUUCAGUUUACAUACAUAUGAGAGAGAACGAAAAAGGAAUAGAGUUUUUUGAACGAGCGAUAGAAAUUCAAACAAAAGCAUUUGGACCUGACCAUGUUAAUAUUGCGAGAGCGUACAACAAUCUGGGUUUGGUUUAUAGUGAAAUGGGAGAAUACGAAAAAGCAAUGGAUUUUUAUGAACGAGCGAUAGAAAUUGUAACGAAAACAGUUGGACUUGACCAUGUUAAUAUUGCGUCAACGUACAACAAUCUUGGUUUGGUUUACAAAAAUAUGGGAGAGUACGAAAAAGCAAAAGAUUUUUAUGAGCGAGCGAUGAAAAUUUAAACAAAAGCCUUUGGACCUGACCAUGUUAAUAUUGCAACAAC